AUGGAGCACCUCGGGGCUCACCACCUGCACCAAGGCCAAGCCGAGCCCAUCAGCUUCGGCAUCGACCAGAUCCUCAACACGUCGGAGCCGGGCAGCUGCAUGGUGUCGCACCCGCGGCUGCAGGACUCGGCGGACUACGGGCUGGGCUGCAUCGUGGGCAGCGCCUACAACACGGUCACGGGUGGCUACGGGGCGAGCGGCGGCGCGGCCGGCGCCUACACCGGCACCUCCUGCAGCAUGGGCGGCCUGCCCGGCUCCUACAACGUGAACAUGGCGGUGAGCAUGAACGGCAACACCUUGAGCUCGGCCGGGGGGGUGAUCCGCGUCCCGGCCCAUCGCCCGGUGACCGGCGGCGUGCACCAGCCCCUCUCCGCCGCCGUGCCGGCGGUGAACGGCAUGAACAGUCUCACGGGGCUCACCUUUCCCUGGAUGGAGAGCAACAGGCGGUACACAAAAGACAGGUUCACAGGUCACCCCUACCAGAACCGCACGCCUCCCAAGAAGAAGAAGCCGCGCACCUCCUUCACCCGCCUGCAGAUCUGCGAGCUGGAGAAGCGCUUCCACCGGCAAAAAUACCUGGCCUCGGCCGAGCGUGCUGCCCUGGCCAAGGCCCUCAAGAUGACGGACGCCCAGGUGAAGACCUGGUUCCAGAACCGGCGCACCAAGUGGAGGAGGCAGACGGCGGAGGAGCGGGAGGCCGAGCGGCAGCAAGCGAACCGCAUCCUCAUGCAGCUGCAGCAGGAGGCCUUCCAAAAAACCAUCAACCAGCCCAUCCAAGCCGACCCCAUCUGUGUCCACAACUCCUCUCUCUUCGCCCUCCAGAACCUCCAGCCUUGGUCUGAUGACUCCACCAAGAUCACCAGCGUCACCACUGUCGCCUCCGCUUGCGAAUAA